CGAAUUCCGACGGGACCGUCUGGGCUCUGCCGGGUUUUCUUUUCGCUUUUCAUUUUGAGUGACGUUCUCGCUGGGUGUCCGCUUGUUCUUUUUAUUGUUGUUGCCUGCCUUGUGCCCUUGUUUUCUCUGUUUCUUAAAGAAUUCAAGUCAUGGUCUCCCCGCUCUGGUCUGCGUGCUCUGAGGGGAACAUCGAAGCCGUCCUCGGUUUACUCAGCCAGGCAUCUCCGGUCGAUAUCGAGAUCAAAGAUCACACCGGUGCCACACCUCUCCUCGAGGCAGUGAAAAAGGGCCAUCUUGACGUGGUGAAGGCACUCCUAGCCAAAGGUGCCGACCCCUCUGUCGUUGCUGCUCAAAGUGGUCCCGAAGCGCACACUUGUAAUCCCGAGAUCAUCCAUCUUCUUAACAAUGCCUCUGCAAAAACAGCUUCGGAAGAGGCUCAAGUCCAAGAACAAACCUAUCCUCAGGAUCCUAAUGCUGAUCCGUCAAAACCUUACUACCCUGUCGCCACACACCCUACGUACGGGUACUACCCGCCUGUGGCGACCCUUCCAGAUGGAUCCCCGGCAUACUACCAGGGUCCCCCAGUGCCAGUAGGCGAGAACAACGGUUUCGGAAAUCUCCCCCCUCCCGAGGUCGCGAGGUAUAUCCCCUGCCGGUAUUAUCCAGCCUGUCGCUACGGCUCGUCAUGUAUUUUCGCUCACCCGCAGGGACCUUACUACCCCGGGCCGCCUCCUCCUGCACAAUAUCCUGCCCGUUUCGAUCCCAUGACCCAACAGCAGUACGCUCACAGUUACUACCCGCCGCCACCGCCACCCCCAACAUAUCCCCCCGUGCCUGUUCCUCACAUGAACCCAGUAUCGCCCACUUCAGGUCCUACUCACACUUCCCCUCAUCCCCCGAUGAUCCACACAAGGUCUGGUUCAGAGGCAUUGUCCCCUGUACAAACACCCUUCAGUCCUCCUAGUGCCCCUCCUGCACCGUAUCCUGCCAUGUCUCCUGUUUCUUAUCCUCCCCCUCCUCCUCAGCCUCUGCCACUUUCUAUUCCCUCACUUCCCUCUUCCCAUCAACCAACCACUGGGCAUGGCCCUCAAUCACCCCAGUCUGCUUAUCCCAACGGGCCGACAUCUGCUCCUCCAUUCUCCGUCCGUCAAGAUCCCUCGCCGUAUCCCCCCCAAAGUGCACACGUAUUCUCCGAGAUAAACGGAAAUCCCAAAUCUCCUCGUACGCACCUACAAGCCGACAACUAUGGUCCUCCUGCGUUCCGACAGGGUACAUAUCACCAUCGUCGGGGAAGCAUGCGCAGAGGGCCUUUCGCAGGAAGCAGGAAACAUGCUCCUGCGUGCCUCUUCUAUCCUGCUGGCAGGUGUAGAAAUGGUGACGAUUGCCGCUUCCCUCAUGUUAUACCUGAUCUGUCGGGUCAGCACCAUGCAGGUGGACGCGCACCACGUCCACGAGACGGUCCCAAUGGUAUCAAUACGAUUGAAGAACAAUUCGCUUCCAUGACCGUUAGAGAAGAGAAUCAACCACGCAAAAAUGGCACUACCAACUCUAGCCGUUCACAGUCCACCGAUGCUGGUGCCCGCUCACGAGGCAACAAACCUAUGUGGAACAAAGCUGAUAGAAAACCUAGCGUGAAGCAACAGAGAGUGCCGAAUGCCGAUGACUUUCCGGUGCUCGGUGGUUUGACAUCUUCCAAAAAUCUAGUCAACGGCGGUCCAGCUACGAACGGGUCUGCAGGCCCAACUGCGGCGCAGGUACUGCAAGCUCCUCCGCCUGCCCGUAAAGACCCUACAAAAGAGUCCACUACUCGCAGCGCCUCUCCUGAGGAACGUCAGGUGAAGACUCAAGUAGAGAACCGACCAGCUGAAUGCAACGGCAUUCAAUCUAAUGGGAUCAUCAACUCCACUGCAUCCAAGUUUCCGGUCUCCUUUGCGGCCGCCACCACUGGCAUUGCUGAUUUAGCAAAGGAAGUGUCUGUUCCUGCUUGAUAUUGGAAGUCGUAUCUGCAUUGUAGGCAUAUUACAUCGGUCUUCUUUCUCUGUCUUUCUAUUUCCUUGUGACUUCCGGUUUCAUUUAUACUGCUAGUU